AUGUAAACGUAACAAUCGUCUGCUUCCAAUUUAACGGUUCGUCGCAAAAUCGCUGUGAAGUCCGUCGCGAAACACACUCGCGAAGUUAUCAGAAGUCGGUCAGCUUCGUAAUCGCUCGUAAUCGAGUUAGUUUGACGGGUUCCUCGUGGCAAAGGGUACGCCAGAAAGGUUUCACCCGGAGUCAAACUAGGUGUAAUAUAUGUAAAAGUGAGAGAAGAGGUUAUGGUCUCGGUGAUGCAGCCCUUUAUGGAUGUCGAGAGCUCGAGGAGCUACAUUGACGAGCUGUAUUCGCCAGACCCGCAGAAAUGUCUGGAGGCGAUUAUAUGUCUCAAGAAUUCUGUGAUCGGGAGCAACCGACAAAAGGGGUCUGUGAUAGCGCAAGGAGUCGUUCCAAGACUGUUGCAAUUGCUUGGUGAUUCAUCUGGAGUAAUUGGGGAUCGAAUUCGUCUAGAAUCGGCGGUAACAUUAGGAUCCCUGGCAAAAGGCACCGAUCAGCAUGUAUUGGCAUUGAUAGACCUUGGAGUGGUACCAUUGAUACUCCAAGUGCUUCUAUCUACGGUGGUCUCUGAAGUACCUGUAGAAGGAAAAGCGAAAAUACCUGAUCUUUUAAUCGAAGCAUGCUUAAGAUGUCUGAGGACAGUAUUUCAACAUACAGCUGCACCAGUUCAUACCAUCUAUCAAGACCCAACUCUGGUACCGAGAUUACUCACACUUGCCGGGCGCUCGGUUACUUGUCAGGUCUGCGUAGCAACAAUCUUAACAACUGCGUGUAAGACUGCAGAGGAGCAGAAUGCACUCUCAAAAGGAGGUGCCAUCGACACUUUGGCAGCUCAACUGGAUUCGCCUCUAGCCGAUGUACAGUUGCCAGCCUUGGCGUGUUUGGCGAAUAUGUGUUACCAAAAUCACGAGGUCUCGGCCGUGGUGGCCGCAGCCUCAACGGGCAGCGGUUUGCAGAGCAGACUAGUGCCUGUAGUUUUGGGGCAGCUAAUGGGGCGAGAAAGGAGCUCGUUGGUUCAGCUGGAAGCAGCUCGUUGCGUGGCCUACAUGCACCGAGCUGGAGCACUGUCGUCGACGGAUCCUCGCGUCGUCUACAGAGCUUUACCUUGUUUAGUGAGGCUGUGCCAUCGGGAACGACCACCCUGUGAAAGAGUAGUCGCAGCAGAGACCCUGGCCUAUCUCACGGAGGUUAGCACUGACCUCCAACGCUUAGCCUCCAUCAGCAAUCAUUUGAUCCCCACCCUGGCAGAGCUGUUAACCCCUCUUCCGGUGAUGGAUUCUGCGUUGUACCAAGACAUGAGGCAGGCUGCCUUCCGGGCAUUUGCUUCCCUUGGAGCCAACGACGAAGACAUUCGCAAGAGGAUCAUCGAAACGGACAACCUCAUGGAACAGGUCGUGUCCGGGUUGCAAGACCCUGGCGGUCCAAGGGUACGACUCGCUGCGGUUAGGUGUCUCCAUUCUCUUUCUCGGAGUGUACAGCAAUUGAGGACGACCUUCCAAGACCAUGCCGUCUGGAGGCCGCUUUUGCAACUUCUUCAUGGCGCUGACAAAGGACUCGAAGGUGGAGGCGAAGGCGAGGAAGAUUUAUUAACCGUGGCUUCGAGUACCUUGUGUAACUUGCUUCUAGAGUUCAGUCCAAGCAAGGAACCCAUUCUGGAGUCCGGUGGAGUGGAACUCCUGUGUUCGUUGACUAAACGGAGGGAUCCUGCAUUGCGGUUGAACGGUAUUUGGGCUCUUAUGAAUGUCGCCUUUCAAGCGGAACAAAGAGUCAAAUCGCAGAUUCUGUCGUGCCUCGGAACGGACCAGAUAUUCCGACUGCUCGCCGAUCCGGAGCUAGCGGUUCUUAUGAAAACCCUGGGUCUUCUACGCAAUCUCCUCUCGACGAAGGCCCACAUUGAUCGGAUAAUGGGCGAGCACGCUGCCCAUGUUAUGCAAGCGGUAAUUCUGGUAUUGGAGGAUCCCAAGCAUCCGGCGGAUGUCAAAGAGCAGGCUCUCUGCAUCCUGGCGAACGUCGCCGAUGGCGAUCGAGCAAGGGAUCACAUAAUGGCGAACGAGGAUGUCCUCAAGAAACUCAUGGAUUACAUGAUGCAUAGCAACGUUAAGCUGCAGGUUGCAGCAAUCUUCUGUGUGUGCAACCUAGUCUGGAGAGAAGAGCCUGGUGCGGCGCAACGUCAGGCACGUCUGCGUGAAUUGGGCCUCUAUCGUAUAUUGCAGCAGUUAAGGCAGGCGAAGGAUGUGCAGUUGUUCGACAAAGUAAAGACUGCCUUGGCACAGUUUUUUGACGCUUGAACCGCGAGAGAUCAUGUCCGAUGCUAGAACUUUUUUCUCUUUUUACAACAUUUCGUUUUACCAUUGGAAUGUCGAACCUUAACAACGCUGUGAUCCCGUACUUCGGUCGAUUAAUACGUUAACGGCCUGGAUUUAUCUAAGGUAAAGACCGUGGCUCGAAAAAGCGGUCUCGAUCUUGAGCCUCGCGGGCCCACGUACAAAGAACAUAUUUAUUUAGAUGGGAGUAGCUCGAGAGGAUGUGCGAUUCUUGUAAAGGUCGAUCAUCGCGUCUGCUAUUCGCGUGUUGCCUCUGACGAGGAACAUCCGUUUAAGACCUCUCUUAGUUUACUACCAAUCAUUAGAACGGGUCCUAAAGUUACUUACCUCCCUGUUUCAAUGAUUUUUACCUAACGAACCAUUACAAUUCGAUACGAGUACAAUUGCAAUGACUUAGUGCACGGUUCUUUUUCUUUUUUUUUUUUUCGCCGUUGAAAUCAUUUUCCUAGACUUUAUACGAAUCCCGUUAAUAAUUCCAUGUGAUAAUUACAGUAAUUACGAACCUUACCGAUUUUUGUGUGUAGGAAUAAAUCAAACGCCACGAUUGUUUACCUUCGGCUAUCUUUUUCGUGAUCUUCAGGUCCAUUUAUAGAUGAUCGGUUAUUUUCAACUAUACAGAUUUGACGACUCUAGUCGGGUUCCUUGAAAUUUUUAUAAAAAGGAAGGGACAGAAGAAAGUAUAUACGAAAUUGUCCGUUAGCUCUCUUCGCAUUGUAUGAAUUGGUUCCUGGUAUUGCGAUAACGUGGAUGUUUAAUUCAUCUUAGCCGAACAAGCUGGCUUGGAACUUGUAAAGCAUGCAAAACGAAGAAAGCUAAUAGAAUUGCUAAGACUUUCUUGCACUAUCUAUAUUAGAGGGAAAAAAUGCACUUUUACCCUCAACAUUGAUUUCUACGAAAGAACUAAAAUUGGCAUUUUUUUUUUUUCCCUCUAGUAUAGAAAGUGCAAACGAGAGAGCGAGCAGAACAAAUCGUCCUCGAUUCCCCAUGUAACCUAUAAGCUGUAUUAAUGUUUACAUUUGUCUUAUCAAUAUGAAAUGUGGAAUUACAAACUGUUUAUACAGUCCAGAAAAAGUGAAAAUGCAGUAUGGGAAGUGAAGCCGGAUUGUCUUUCACUGAUGUUAUGAAUUACGUAGGGAUCGAGGGGAUUUUUCUUAAGUCAUCAGUAAUUACGCUUCGUCACCAACUAAUAUCAACCUGCGUGGUUACCUUGCUUAGAUAACUAUUGUGAACAAGUCUCGAAAGUGUUUUGUCUCCAAUUUUUCAACGAUUUAACGGACGGAACGAUCGGAUCAGAAUUUAGGGUUGCUGGGUUUGUUCUUUCGAAGAACCAGUGAUAUGCACAAUCUGUUCUGUUUAGCGGGGGAAGUACCGAUGUUGGUACAAAGCAGACGCCAUUCGAUGUUAAACGAAUCUGACUACCCUAAUUCAUUUCCUUAGAGAUUUAAUAAAAGGAACAGAAGCGAAAUUCCGAAAGAAGAGAGGGCAGGAGAUAGCGAGAUGAAGUCGUUAAGGAUUGUUAACGGUGGUGAAAUACAAUCGGAUGACGUACAAUUGCAA